GUAAAUUAAAUAUAAAAUAUUAACCGACUGUGUUUAACUUAAAUUUUAUUAUUGACUCAUUUUUGUUUGUUUAUCAUAUUCGAGGAUCUCCAUGCGCGGGAAUUCGAUAUAUAUACAUAAAUUUUCGAAUUUUGUGUAUCCACGGUGAAUCGAUUUAACUCGUAACACUAAAAGGCAUGGCGUCCGGUACAGUAGUAGAAAAUAAACGUGUAGCAAAUUUAAACAUAUCUAAUAAUCAUGGCAGAAAAAUUCUAAACGUUUACAGAGUAUCGACAAGUGGAACGGACAAAACGAAAGUGACAUUUUGUACAGAUGUGGACAAGUCUGUAAUCGUACAUAACUUUGAAAAGAGAGGAUGGGUUCAAGUUGGUCCGGAAGAUGAUUGGAAUUUCUAUUGGGCAGUCACGCAAUCAUGCAGAAACAUAUUCAGCGUAGAAACUGGCUAUAGGAUGGAUGACAAACAAAUAAUCAAUCAUUUUCCGAAUCAUUACGAAUUGACACGAAAAGACCUUUUAGUAAAAAAUAUAAAACGUUAUCGGAAGGAAUUAGAACGCGAAGGAAAUCCUUUGGCGGAAAGAGGAGAUGGGAAAUAUAUUUAUCUUGAUUUCAUACCUGUUACGUUUGUUUUGCCGGCAGAUUAUAAUAUGUUUGUGGAAGAAUACCGUAAAUCACCGCAAAGCACAUGGAUCAUGAAGCCAUGUGGAAAAUCACAGGGUGCUGGUAUAUUUUUAAUUAACAAAUUAAGUAAAUUGAAAAAGUGGUCUCGAGAAGCAAAAAACCCAUUUAAUCCAAAUUUGACAAAAGAAUCAUACGUAAUAUCUAGAUAUAUUGAUAAUCCGCUUCUUAUCGGUGGCAAAAAAUUUGAUCUUCGUUUGUAUGUUCUUAUUACAUCUUUUCGGCCAUUGAAAGCAUAUCUGUUCAAAUUAGGAUUUUGCCGGUUUUGUACAGUUAAAUACGAUACUAGUAUUCAAGAAUUGGAUAAUAUGUACGUUCAUCUUACAAAUGUAUCUGUGCAAAAACAUGGUGAAGAGUAUAAUAGUAAGCAUGGUGGUAAAUUAAGCGUGCAUAAUUUAAGAUUAUACUUGGAGAGCACGCGUGGUAAAACAGUUACAGAAAAAUUGUUUGCAAACAUCACUUGGUGCAUUGUACAUUCUUUAAAAGCUGUCGUUCCAGUUAUCGCAAACGAUCGACAUUGUUUCGAGUGUUAUGGCUAUGACAUCAUUAUCGAUAAUGAUCUUAAACCAUGGCUUAUAGAGGUAAAUGCGUCUCCAUCACUGACGUCUACUACAGUGAACGAUCGAAUUUUAAAAUACAAAUUAAUCGAUAAUAUAAUCUCAAUAGUCGUUCCACCCGAUGGUGUCCCAGACGUAAGAUGGAACAAAUCUCCACCACCGGAAGCACUCGGAAAUUUUGAACUUCUCUUAGACGAAGAAUUAUGCACUCAAGAGGACAAAGAGUAUUCAUCAGCAAAAUAUCGAAGUUCUUCAAGCAAAUGGAAAUAAAUA